CACAAGCCUCCACCAACCCCCAACUGCAUCCCACAUCUUCGCACCCAACCCGUGCAUUUGUCACUCUCGGUGCUCAGAAAAACAGGCGACGUCCACAAUAUUCCCAUACCUCUUUGUUUCCUCCAUAAAACUCACAGCCUGCCCCCCCCGUAAACCGACCCGCAACCCCCGCCAGUCGCCAUGUCCACCCUCGAGGAGCUCGACGACCUCGACCGCCGCGAGCGUGACGAGAAGGAGAAUAAGGAUAAGAAGGAUAACGAUAAGGGGAACCAAGGUGGCGAUGGCGACGCCGAGAUGGAAGAUGUUGAGCAGGAGGAGGAGGAUGCCCUGGAUCCUGAGAUCCUGAGCCUAAGCACAGAGGACAUAAAGACUCGUCGGCGCUUGCUCGAGAACGAUGCUAGGAUCAUGAAGAGCGAGUACCAGCGGUUAUCACACGAAAAGGCUACCAUGGCCGAGAAGAUCAAGGAGAACAUGGAGAAGAUCGCCAACAACCGCCAACUGCCAUACCUCGUCGGGAACGUCGUUGAGCUUCUCGACCUCGACCCAACCGCCGAAUCUUCUGAAGAAGGUGCCAAUAUCGACUUGGACGCCACACGGGUGGGCAAGUCGGCCGUCAUCAAGACGUCGACUCGGCAGACCAUCUUCCUGCCGCUGAUCGGUCUCGUCGACCCCAACAAGCUCACACCGGGUGACCUCAUCGGAGUGAAUAAGGAUUCAUACCUCAUCCUGGACACUCUCCCAGCCGAGUACGACAGCAGAGUUAAGGCUAUGGAGGUCGACGAGAAGCCCACCGAGAAGUACACCGACGUCGGUGGCCUUACCAAGCAGAUCGACGAGCUCCUCGAGGCCAUCGUAUGGCCCAUGAAGGAGGCGGAUCGGUUCAAGAAGAUUGGCAUUAAGGCGCCAAAAGGUGCCCUAAUGUACGGCCCGCCCGGUACAGGAAAGACGCUGCUUGCCAGGGCCUGCGCCGCGCAAACCGACGCCACUUUCCUCAAGCUUGCGGGGCCGCAGCUUGUGCAGAUGUUCAUCGGAGAUGGCGCGAAGCUUGUGAGGGAUUGUUUUGCCCUCGCCAAGGAGAAGGCGCCGGCCAUCAUCUUCAUCGACGAGCUGGACGCCGUCGGUACCAAGCGGUUCGACAGCGAAAAGAGUGGUGAUCGUGAGGUGCAGCGGACCAUGUUGGAGUUGCUCAACCAGUUGGACGGUUUCGCUUCGGAUGACCGGAUCAAGGUCAUUGCUGCGACAAACCGAGUGGACGUGCUGGACCCUGCCCUGCUCAGAUCCGGUCGUCUGGACCGCAAGAUCGAGUUCCCCCUCCCCAACGAGGAGGCUCGUGCCCAAAUUCUCAAGAUUCAUUCACGCAAAAUGAAGGUGGAUGAGGCGGUCAACUGGGAUGAGUUGGCUCGCAGCACAGAUGAGUUUGGUGGCGCCAUGCUCAAGGCUGUGUGUGUGGAGGCCGGCAUGAUCGCUCUGCGCCUGGGUAAGAACAAGAUUGGGCAUGAGCACUACGUCGAUGCCAUUGCCGAAGUACAAGCCAAGAAGAAGGACACGGUCAACUUCUACGCUUAAACUUCUUGCCGUAUAUCAAACUUCCACCAGACUUGGCAACAACACAUUCGAGGUGGCUUACUGAAGCUGGUAUGCUAGGUUCAUAGAAUACCCGUUUGUGUAAAAUGACGGGGCAUUAGCGGUUGCCGUCUGCUUCAUAG